GUUGUAUCCGGUGUGAGGUAACUUCCUGAUGUUGGGGGCGUCGCUCACUGCUCCGCCGACGCUCCCCCUUUCAUUUCCACCUUCUCGGCUCCGAUGUAUCCGCGGCGGCCGCAAGACUUUAACGAGGGGCUGAGCAGCCGAGGUUGUGAGGAUGUGCCGGCGGCGGGUGGAUACGCGACCUCAACAAGGUCAUGGGACUGCAGUGACCCUUGGAUAACGGAGAGCCGGUUCCGGGCACCGGCAGCCGGGCCUUGGGGAGAGAGAGCGGCGUCGGCCACCCCACCCCCGGGCCCGGGCCCGGUCCCGGUCCCGGCCGCAGCCGGCACUGCGGGGGCGGCUGCCCCGGAAAACGCGGCGGGAUCCACUGAUCAGUUAAAUAGAUUUGCAGGAUUUGGCAUUGGUCUUGCAAGUCUCUUCACAGAAAAUGUUUUGGCACAUCCCUGUAUUGUUUUUCGGCGGCAAUGUCAGGUCAAUUAUCAUGCAAAAUAUUAUCAUCUUACUCCUUUCACCGUUGUUAAUAUUAUGUACCAUUUCAGCAAAACACAGGGUCUAAAAGGAUUAUGGAAAGGUAUGGGAAGUACAUUUAUUGUUCAAGGAAUAGCUCUGGGCACUGAAAGCAUCAUCAGUGAAUUCACACAUCUUCCUAGAGAGGUUUCACAUAAAUGGAGUCCAAAACAAAUUGCUGGGCAUCUUGUACUCAAAGGGUUGACAUGUGCUGUGGCAAUGCCUUUUUACUCAGCUAGUUUAAUCGAAACUGUGCAGAGUGAAAUCAUUAGAGACAAUCCAGGAAUAUUGGAUUGUGUGAAGGAAGGUGUAUGCAGACUGGUGGGAAUGGGUGUCCCACAUAGCAAGCGUCUGCUUCCUCUUGGAGUCUUAAUCUUUCCAACUGUCCUGCAUGGACUGCUCCAUUACAUCAUCAGUGCCAUCAUUCAGAAAUUAAUUCUAUUUCUUCUACGGAGAAAGGCAUCACAACAAUACCCGACUGAUGCUUCUAGUUCCGUACAAACUGUGCUGGAUGCUUAUUUCCCUGAACUUAUUGCUGGUUUUGUUGCAAAUCUUUGUGCUGAUGUUUUAGUCUACCCAUUGGAAACGGUACUUCACCGCCUCCAUAUUCAAGGAACUCGCACCAUCAUUGACAACACAGACCAUGGAUAUGAAGUUCUUCCUAUUAACACUCAGUAUGAAGGAAUGAAAGACUGCAUUAAUGUAAUCAAGAAAGAAGAAGGCAUCUUUGGCUUCUAUAAGGGUUUUGGGGCAGUUCUUGUCCAGUACACAUUGCACGCUGCUGUGCUGCAGAUAACUAGAAUUAUAUAUUCUAUAUGGUUGCAAAAUGCUACCUAAUCCUGGAGUUUAAGAUGUCAUUGUAAGGUAAAUAACCCAUAGUCAUGAAGUACAAAUUAUUAAUUUUCUGUAGUGCAUGUUAGAAACACUAAUAAAAUGCACUGUGUUAACUGUUUAAGCUACUGAGUUGGUGAAAAUCUAACUUUAAAAGUAACAGAUAUUUGUAAAAUUGUAAAACUGCCCUUGAUUUGUGACCUAUAAUGUCCUUUAAAAGUGACCUCUGCUAUUCUCCAUGAUUCUCCUUUUGAAAUAGCAUUUUCUGACCUAAUGCAGCAUCCAUCCAAACAAUAUUAAGCAAAAAGAUUGAUCAUCACCAUAACAUCCCUCUCUAUUACUUGAUAUGAAAAUAACUAAUUGAGCUUUUUUUCAUAAUUUUUGAUCAGCAUCUGAACUUAACAACCUUGCUCCAUGAUUGGAGAUAAUUUUCAUGCCCCCGACUCGUUUCCUUUAUCGCAGAAAGUGUCACAAUAUGAUCAGAUCCAGUUCUUCAUCCCUAGUGAAUUUGUCUGCAUAAAAGUAUUAAAUGAUAGGUAAGGGAGAAUCAUCAUGAUUUUGGCUUAAUAUGUGGUUCAAGUUAUAGUACUGUAUUAUUGCAAAGUGUUUUUGUUUACUAAUUUUGAUUGGCUUUGCCUUACUGAAUUCCUUUAGUUCAAGGUAUCAAGACUGUGGCUUUAUUUUGUAUGUAGUGUGUUAAAUAAUACCACCGUACAAUUCAUAACAUAAUAACUUAAUGAAGGUUAAUAUAUUCUCUUGGUGCCAUUUGUGAUCUGGAUUCAAAUAUAUACAUCUGUUUUUCCAGGGCAAAUGCUUGCCAGUUUGGUCAACUAAAUAUACAAAUUAUCAGAUGGGAAGAAAAUAAUUGACAAAUAUCUGAGCUUUGUAUUUAAUGCCCCAUCAUCUGCAGUCCUCUAUAUAACAGCUUGCACUCUUAUUUCAAUGCAUGAUUUUACCCAUAUAUAAUCGUAUGCAUUGAUUGAAAAUUAUUUUGAAGUUACAAUUUGCACAACAGUUUCAAUUUAAUUCAUUAUAAAUUAUGAAUUGCUGAAACCUAUCAAUCUCAUUUCCUAAUGUAGCUUCACUGAUUAAACACAAUCAAAUGGUACAAUGGUUUUUCACUAAAUUUCACGAUUUAAAUAUUUCUAAAGGGACUAAACUUUGACAUUUUACCUUUAUUACUGGCAUGGAAUUAAAGUAUAAAUUUGAAAUGGGAUGUAUUAAACAUCAUCUGUGAGUGUAUGUAAUCUUUAAUUUUUUAUAACCAUUCCUCUUUGAAACUUCCUCUAUUGUUAAUGUGCAGGUUUGUCUCUAAAACAAAAAUUGAAAUUUUAAA